AUGACUCACAAAGCUAAAGACUUAGGAAUAAAAAUUAAUGUUCCUGAGUUUGAAGGGAGACUCCAACCAGAUGAUUUCAUCGACUGGCUUUGCACAGUAGAAAGAGUAUUCGAGUUAAAAGACAUUCCAGACGACAAGCGCGUGAAGCUUGUAGCAAUCAAGUUGAAGAAGCAUGCAUCAGUUUGGUGGGAGAAUCUCAAGUGUCAGCGAGAAAGAAAAGGAAGAAGAAAGAUCAAGACAUGGGAUAAAAUGCGUCGUGAGCUCAAGCCCAAGUUCCUUCCUGAACAUUACAGGCAAGACACCUUCAUCAAAUUUCAUAAUUUGAGGCAAAAGUCAUUAUCUGUGGAAGAAUAUACAAUAGACUUCGAAGAGCUGCUUAUAAAGUGUGACAUUCAAGAGCCUGAAGAACAAACAAUUGCUCGUAAUCUUGGAGGAUUGAACACAGAAAUUUCUGAUGUCGUUCAGCUGCAACCAUAUUGGACCUUGGAUGAUAUCAUUAGGCUAUCAUUAAAGAUUGAAAAGCAAAGAAAACGAAGGAAUAACAUUCAGUCGCCGAAAGACAAAGAAGUCAUCCUUGAUGUUCAACAAGAAGUGAAGACAGAAUUUUUUAAAGGCAACAAGGAGCGUAGAUCAUCAGGUAGAAAAUCCUUCAAAUGUCAAGGUUUUGGGCAUAUGCGGCUGAUUGUCCAAACCGAAGGGUUAUCACUCUUGUCGAGGAAGAAGUUAAUGAAGAACCAAUUCAGGAGCAAGAGGAGGAAGGUGAGGUUGACUAUGAUAUUGAAGAAGAAGUUCCACCCGAUUGUGGAGAAGCUUUAG